AUGACAUCUUCAACAGUCGAUACCUGCAAAUUCGAUGAUUUGCAGGUUGACAUUGAGAAGAACGUGCCACAGGAUGUGAGGUCUCAGUGGAUUCUUAAUGCUCCCGAGCCUCCAAGUCCUUGGCAUGUUGCUGCAGAUUCUGUGAGGAAAACUGUUUCUAGCUUUAGAGGCAAAGUUUCCUCUCUAAAUGAUCGAUCUUGCGGUACGGUCCUACUUUCGGCUUUGCAGGUUGUUUUUCCUAUUCUUGUUUGGGGCAGAAGCUACACUGCUGCUAAAUUUAGGAAAGAUUUUCUUGCUGGACUCACUAUUGCUAGCCUAUGUAUUCCACAGAGCAUAGGGUAUGCAACAUUAGCAAACCUUGCUCCUCAAUAUGGACUAUAUACGAGCGUUGUGCCACCGCUGAUCUAUGCUGUAAUGGGAACUUCGCGCGAGAUAGCAAUUGGUCCUGUGGCUGUGGUUUCGUUGUUGUUAUCAUCAAUGGUACAGAAACUAGUAGACCCUUUUGCUGAUCCCGUUGGUUAUACAAAGCUUAUUUUUCUUGCCACUCUCUUUGCUGGAAUCUUUCAAACUUCAUUUGGACUAUUCAGGUUGGGGUUCCUUGUGGAUUUUCUGUCACAUGCUGCAAUUGUUGGAUUUGUAGCAGGAGCUGCAAUUGUGAUUGGGCUUCAACAGUUGAAGGGACUGUUUGGAAUCACUCAUUUUACAACCAAAACAGACAUAAUCUCUGUCUUAAAAGCUGUCUGGGAAGCAUUUCAUAAUCCUUGGAACCCUCAUAAUUUCAUCCUGGGAGGAUCUUUCUUAGUGUUCAUCCUAACAACUAGAUUUCUGGGUAAAAGGAAGAAGAAUCUGUUCUGGUUGGCAUCAAUUGCACCACUUGUAUCUGUUAUACUGUCAACUCUAGUUGUUUUUCUAACUCGAGCCGAUAAAAACGGAGUAAAAAUUGUGAAACAUGUCAAAGGAGGACUCAAUCCAAUCUCUAUCAACCAGUUAGACUUUAACAGUCCACAUGUUGUCGAUGUUGCCAAAAUCGGACUUGUUGUCGCGGUGGUUGCUCUUACCGAAUCCGUUGCUGUUGGACGAUCUUUUGCGUCGAUCAAAGGAUACCAGCUCGACGGAAACAAAGAAAUGAUGUCAAUAGGCUUCACAAACAUCAUAGGAUCUCUCACCUCAUGUUAUGUUGCAACUGGUUCAUUCUCUCGAACCGCGGUUAAUUAUGCUGCAGGAUGUGAAAGUUUAAUAUCAAACAUUGUGAUGGCAAUUACAGUGAUGAUAUCACUACAGUUUUUGACAAACCUAUUGUAUUAUACACCAAUUGCUAUCAUUGCAUCAGUUAUCCUCUCUGCUCUACCGGGACUCAUAGACAUAUCUGAAGCAUACAAAAUUUGGAAAGUUGAUAAGCUUGACUUUCUUGCUUGCGUUGGAGCCUUCUUCGGUGUACUCUUUGCUUCCGUCGAGAUUGGUCUUCUAGUCGCGGUGGUAAUAUCUUUUACAAAGAUAAUUCUGAUAUCAAUUCGACCGAGCACAGAAACAUUAGGAAAACUUCCAGGAACUGAUUUGUUCUGUGAUGUUGAUCAGUAUCCUAUGGCGAUUCAGAUUCCAGGUGUAAUCAUAAUACGUAUGAAAUCCGCGUUGCUUUGUUUCGCGAAUGCCAAUUUCGUUAAAGAAAGAAUCAUCAAAUGGGUGACUCAGGAAGAAUCAGAAGAUGACAAGGGGAAUUCAAAGAGUAUAAUUCAACUCGUAAUUCUUGACACCUCGAAUUUGGUGAACAUUGACACUUCUGGAAUUGCUUCUCUGGAGGAACUGUACAAGAGUUUGUCUUCACAAGGGAAACAGUUGGCGAUUGUGAAUCCGAGGUGGCAAGUUAUACACAAGCUGAAGGUGUCGAAGUUUGUCGACAAAAUCGGUGGGAGAGUUUAUCUGACUGUUGAAGAAGCUGUUGUUGCAGGCUGCAAGAGUAAUCAGUUCUGA